AUGAGGCCCAACAAGCCUGGCAAGACGCCGAAGUCUUGGCCCGGACUGUAUACAAUUGUUGAAGCCGACACCGCAGAACCAUCCCGUUCCCCCUUAAUCACCAGCGCCGACGCAUUCCAUUUCCCCGCUGAUAUUCACAACUGGUUGCCCUUUCCCCUCGUGCACUUGGCCCCUCCACCCGCCGGAUUUGACUUCAACCCUAUCUCCAAUUGUUUUGUUUGCAAUACGUCUCGACAGCCACCUCAUUUUGACACCAAUGUUGUCCGACUCAGUCUGCCUCGCAAGGCGGGAAUUGAGAAAGAUGUUAUCUUCGCGAUGACAUCAUCCUCGAUCUGGAUUUAUCAAGGCAAACACUUCAAUGGGCAAGCGAAGAAGUCGACUGACCAGCUUGCCUUUGAGAAUGACCUUUCUCACCGACGCCGUGGUCCCACUCGACAACACAAAUGGACCAAAAGUUGGCUCUGCAACUGCUACGGCAAACCUUCCACUCAUGUCAAGCCUACCCUUACCUCUGCCACUUGUCGCUCUGGAGGCUCUGUACGUGUCUCAUGCCCAGCAAAGUUCUACAUCAGGAAGACCAUGACCGGCGAUCUCGAGUUCGAGGGUUCUGGGAGCACAAGCGCCACAACCCUUACUCUCUCAAGGACAUGCGCAACAUGCGCCUUCCCGACGUUGUCUCCACCUGUCCCUCAAGGACAAGAACAGCGCUCUUGGCAUCGUCCCCGAGUUAACAACGCUAUCUGUUGCCUUGAAGUGAAGACGAAGUUCUUGAGCCCCGAUGUUUUAACUUCUAUCAACCUGUGGUGUGAACGCCUUCGCGAGAGGGGGUGGCACGUCAACAACUUCACCAACACCAACAACAAACGGGCAUCCGUCGCCUUUUUAUCACCUUGGCAACACAAACAAAUCCGCCGGCACGGCGACGACGUGUUGUGUUUCGAUUCAACUCACAGUGUUUGUUCAGGCGUUCCGGAAUGGCCGCUCUCCAGUUUCACCUUACUCACCAUCGUACUACGCCACCCCGUCACUGGCAGUGGUAUUCCAGUUGCAUGGUUCUUGACCACAGAUGAAAAGGCGUAA